GAUUGGCGACAAUCGGAAAAGAACAGACGUGCAGGAUUCAGUGGACCGAUUUUUGGUCCAACCAGUCUUGUGAUCAACAAUGAAUGCGGUGGUGAGGAUCCGGAAGAACCAGGGAUGUUGGACGGUUUCGACGCUAUUCAGCACAUGUAUUCGUGGCAACCGGACUGGGGAAACAUGUGGAGGUCUAGACCAUGCGACUGCGAACCCGCACCCAUACGGAGGCAAGCCAUAGCGCACUGCCAUACUACGAUCCGAAGCUCUACCCGAGCAAAUAUGCCAAAGACAAUGAUCGGAACCGUCUCAGAUGUGUCUAUAGCAUUUACGAAAGUCCUAGCAGCGUUUAUAGACAAGCUUAAUAAUUCAGGAAAUGCGCCGUGUCUCAAACAUAAGCCGAAAAUCAGCCUCACGAAGACUGGAUUCAAGGAC